AUGGGCCCGGGCAGCUUCUCAACGGACAGCUACAUCCCGCUAGAUGACAUGGACGAGAGCGGGAGAAGUGAGGUGCAUCCUGAGGACACCGGUCGGCCUCUCCUGCUUGCCAAAACACAAGGGAAAAUGUUUAUCGGAGGCCUGAACUGGGAGACGACAGACCAAUCGCUGCGCGACUAUUUUUCACAGUUUGGCGAGGUGCUCGAGUGCACAGUGAUGCGCGACAGUGCGACAGGCCGGUCUCGAGGGUUUGGCUUCCUCACGUUCAAGGACCCGAAGACGGUCAACAUUGUGAUGGUCAAGGAGCACUAUCUGGACGGAAAGAUUAUCGACCCGAAACGAGCGAUUCCACGCGACGAGCAGGAGAAGACGUCCAAGAUCUUUGUGGGGGGCGUGUCGCAAGAGACGACGGACCAGGAGUUCAAGGAGUACUUUGCGCAGUUUGGGCGGGUAGUGGACGCGACGCUUAUGAUGGACAAGGACACAGGGCGGCCACGCGGCUUUGGCUUUUUGACGUUUGAGUCGGAAGCGGGCGUGGAGGCCUGUCUAUCGACGGAGCUGGAGAUCCACGGUAAGGCGAUCGAGGUGAAGAAGGCGCAGCCGCGCGGCAAUUUGCGGGACGACGACGAUGCCAGCCGGCGUGGAGGACCGGGCAACAAGUUCCGCAAGGGCGGAUACGGCGGGAUGGAUGAGCAGGGCGGCAGUGGCAGCGGCAGUGGCGGCGGGAUGGGCCAGCAGAUGGGGGCGGCAGGUGGAAUGACGCCGCAGGUGAUGGCGCAGUACUGGCAGCGGAUGCAGCAGUACUUUGCGAUGAUGCAGCAGCAACAGGCGAUGAGCCGCAACAUGGGGGGGAUGAUGAACAUGGGGGGCAACAUGGGAGGGAUGGGCGGGAUGGGAGGAAUGGGAGGAAUGGGAGGGAUGGGUGGAAUGGGGAUAAACCCGCAGAUGAUGCAGAUGCUGCAGAUGCAACAGAUGCAGCAGAUGCAGCAGAUGGGACGAGGCGGAGGUGGUGGCGGGCCGGGUGGCGGAGUUGGAGGGCCUGGAAUGAGUCCGGCGAUGAUGCAGCAGAUGCAACAACAGCAACAGCAGCAACAACAACAGACAGCAGCCAAUCAGCAACAGGCGGGCCAGGGAACGCAACAGCAGCAGCAGCAACAGCAACAGCAGCAGCAGGCGGGACAGCAACAGGCGGGCCAGCUCAACUUGCAGCAGCUGCCGAUGGGUGGUGGCGGUGGUGGAGGUCCAGGAUCGGUUGGCAGCAAUGGCAACGGCAGUGGCAGCGGCAAUGGCAGCGGCAAUGGUGGUCCCGGCGGUCCUGGAGGAGGCUAUGGCGGUGCGCCGACGUCGUGGGAGGGCAUGUACGACGACGUGCCGCAGCCAGGCAUGGGUCCGGGUGGACGUGGCGGCGGUGGUGGUGGUCCCGGAUUCCAUCGGAACCGGUCGCAGGACCCGAUGAAUGCGCCGCCGGCCAACGCGCCGACAGGCCCGAAGAAUGCCGGACGGCCGGGGGCUAACUACCGGGGCGGCGGACGGGGUGGCGCUAGCAACCGUGGCUUCCACCCGUAUUCACGUUAG